AUGGCGACGGAACUGGCAGUGCAGAGCGAGCGCGCCUACCAAAAGCAACCCCACGUCUUCCUCCACUCAAAGGCCCUCAAGAAAUCCACCAAGAAGGGCAAGGGCGGCAGGAGAUACUACAAGGACGUCGGUCUAGGAUUCAGGACACCCAAGACUGCCAUCACCGGCAACUAUAUCGACAAGAAAUGCCCCUUCACCGGCCUCGUCUCCAUCCGCGGCCGCAUCCUCACCGGCACCGUCGUCUCCACCAAGAUGCACCGCACCCUCGUCAUCCGCCGCGAGUACCUCCACUUCAUCCCAAAGUACGCGCGUUACGAGAAGCGACACAAGAACCUCUCCGCCCACGUCAGCCCGGCGUUCCGUGUCGAGGAAGGGGAUAGAGUGACGGUGGGACAGUGUCGGCCGUUGAGCAAGACGGUCCGCUUCAACGUCCUCCGUGUCCUGCCCAAGACCGGCAAGUCGGUCAAGGGUUUCGAGAAGUUCUAG